CCGCGCCGCCGCAUCGGAUCCCCGCACCCCUCCCAUUCCCCACUCCUGUGUCCACUCAUCUCCCUGGCGCUCCAAACCCUAACUACAAUCCCCACAAACCAGAAUUUUUUUCCAAAAAUCCAACGAAUUUCCCAAACCCCUCGCGAGUGCUUCACAAGGGUGGUAAUGCCAUGAUGCACAUGCUGGUGGCCUCGGAUGGAGGCGGAGGGGAGAUGCAUCCGUACUCCGUAGUACCGCCGGAGCAGGAGCCGGAGCUCCCGCGCGACAACGCCGACGACAGCCUCGACGGCCAUGUGCGGUGCCUGCGGUGUGGUAUAUCUGGUAAUGCGACACCCCAUAUGCGGCGUGGCCCGGAUGGCCCAAGAACUCUUUGUAAUGCGUGUGGCAUUGCUUACCGGAAGGGGAAAAUGAGAAGAAUGAUAGAAGCUGAACCACCAAUAGAUGAGGCUUCACUUGCUAAGCUGGUUCCUGAGGUGGACAUGGAAUUUGAGAGCGAGGAAAAAUCAUAUGAAUUCUACAAUAAAUAUGCUGGCCAUGUUGGUUUUAGUGUUCGGAAAAGUACGUCACAUAAAUCUUCUGAAAAAAUUACCAAAGUAAGGACUUUUGUGUGCUCGAGAGAGGGUUACAAUAGGGAUAAAAAAUCAUUGGAAGCAAAGAAGCCAAGGUUGGAUACAAGAAUUGGUUGUCCAGCACGGCUGAUUAUUAAAGUUACGCCAGAAUGUAAAUACAGAGUCACUGAUUUUAAAGCAGAGCACAAUCAUCAGCUGGCUCCUCCGUCGACGAUGCAUAUGUUAAGGUCACAGAGGAUAUUGACAGAACUUCAGUCUGGGGAAGCAGAGCUGUCAGAUGAUUCUGUAGCAACGCCAACAACAAAAGCCACUGGUGAUCUUGUUGUGAGACAAGUUGGUUUCCUUCGAAGUAUUUCUCUCCUCCCAGCAGAUUACAAGAAUUAUCUUCGCUCAAAGCGUAUGAAGGCAAUGCAACCUGGUGAUGGUGGAGCCAUAUUGAAAUAUUUGCAGACUAUGCAAAUGGAUAACCCCUCCUUCUUUUACACCAUGCAGAUUGAUGAGGAUGACAAGCUAACCAACUUCUUUUGGGCCGACCCAAAAUCUAGAGAUGACUUCAACUACUUCAACGAUGUCCUCUGUUUAGACACAACAUACAAGAUAAAUGGAUAUGGCAGGCCAUUGUCAUUAUUCCUUGGCGUGAAUCAUCACAAACAAACUAUUAUUUUUGGUGCAGCUUUGCUUUAUGAUGAAUCAUUUGAGUCAUUUAAGUGGCUAUUUGAGAGUUUUAAGAUUGCUAUGCAUGGGAAGCAACCGGCAGUAGCUUUGAUAGAUCAAUCUAUUCAAUUGAGUAGUGCAAUGGCAGCAGCCUGGCCAGAUACAAGUCAACGAGUUUGCACUUGGCAUGUUUAUCAGAAUUCUGUUAAGCACCUCAAUCAUGUUUUCCAAGGUUCAAAAACAUUUGCAAAGGAUUUUAGCAAAUGUGUCUUUGGCUACGAAGAAAAGGAAGAGUUUGUGUUUGCAUGGAAAAGUAUGCUAGAGAAGUAUGAUCUUAGGCAUAAUGAGUGGCUAUCUAAACUGUUUGACGAGAGAGAAAGAUGGGCCUUGGCAUAUGAUAGACAUAUAUUUUGUGCUGACAUAAUAAGUUCACUUCAAGCUGAGAGUUUCAGUAGCGUUUUGAAGAAAUUCUUGAGCCCUCAACUGGAUCUGCUGUCCUUCUUCAAACACUAUGAAAGAGCAGUAGAUGAACACCGAUAUGCUGAGCUCCAAGCUGAUUUCCAAGCUAGUCAAAGUUAUCCUAGAAUACCACCUGCCAAGAUGUUAAAACAAACUUCCCAUACAUAUACACCAGUGGUGUUUGAGAUCUUCCGUAAAGAGUUUGAACUAUUCAUGGACUCUGUAUUGUUCAGUUGUGGAGAAGCUGGGACAAUCUCUGAGUACAAAGUUGCUCCCUCUGAAAAGCCCAAGGAACACUAUGUUAGAUUUGAUUCAAGUGAUAGCUCAUGUAUAUGCACUUGUAGGAAGUUUGAGUUUAUGGGCAUUCCGUGCUGUCACAUGUUGAAGGUUCUCGAUUACAGAAAUAUCAAAGAGUUGCCUCAGAUAUAUCUGUUGAAGCGAUGGAGAAGGACUGCCAAGUCUACAAAUGAAGACAACCAAGGCCAUGCAACAAACGAAAAAAGGUUACCAUUAAGCACCUCUGUACCGUCUGCAAAUCACCAUGGGCUCCAAAGCAUCAAUGCAAGGAUUCAAGACACUUUGAUUUCUAAUAUGCAUGAGAACCCAUUUCAUAGAAGCUCAUGAUGAAGGUCCUACUUCACUAGUUCACUCGAAAGAUGAUUCCAUGUGUACCUUGCCAGAUGCUAUAACAUUGACACUCGAAGCAGUGAGUAGGACAGUGCGGAUUUCUCUUGAAUAAGUUAGCAACAACUUGUAAAUUAUGCAGCUGUAGGAAAUAUGGGCUUAUUGAGGCGCCCAACCUUAGCUUAGUCUAGAUGCUGAUAGCUUGUUUGCACUGGGAAUAAUUCAGAAAGUUGUGUAUUCUCUAUACACUCUAGCCAUCAUGGUCCAUUUAUUCCAAGAAAAAAGAAAGGAAAUGUGCAGCCAGUUCAAUGAGCUUGUCAAUUUAGCAACUCAGUUUACUGCAUGCCAAGAAAGUAGCAUAAACAGUGACAGUUUUUGUACUUCUUCUGCAGCUGAAACUUCUGCAGACAGCCUGACCAUUCUGGAGAGAGCAACCCAGUAGACCCACUCAUGAUCAUCACCAAAGGGUUUCGGCUGGACUCAGAUCUGGGGUUUAACCUGCAGUCUGCAGGUGAGGUGAGCUGGACAGCUCAUGCGUUGAGACUUGAGGCGUUUGAAGCAAGAGAAACCAGCUUGGCAGUGGAACUGGUCGGCUAUCUGGUUCCCUUGUGGUAAUGUGGUGUCGUUGGUUGUACUUUCCUCACUCAAGUAUGCAACAGCACGUCUUUGAAAGAUGCAAAAUAAUGUUGAAUCACAUUCUUCUGGAUCGUUACUUGAGAAAGCAUUAUAUUGGGCUGGAGAAUGUUGCUCCAUAGCAUGUGCCCUUCAUAUAUUGAGCCUGUGAAGGAGCUUUCUUGUUAUUUGUUUGUUCCAUUAUUAUUAUUUCAGUGAGAGAAAAAUUGUGCCAUAGAAUCACUGUACUUUCAUCAGAAGCAAACCAAUAUUGCUAGGCAUUGCGGGUGGCUUUUCAAAA